UGUUGCUGUCACACAAGCGAAUGGAAAAAUUACGCUUGGACACUUUUUUUUUUUAAGUCAGCGAGGGUUGUCCAUAGUUAACGAAAAGAUUCAUUCAAGGCAUAGUUUUCAGCUGUACGCGCUUCAGUGAGGGUUACAUUUCCUACUGGUUAAUAUAUUUAUUUACUUAUCUUUUAGGGAUUUUAAUUUCAAUUAGAUGCCUGUGGGACAGAAGGGAUUGUUCAAAUGGUGAUGUUAAAAAAGGGGGAUCACUUCUGGAUUGACUCCAGUAUCGGGGUCCCUAUUGGAGGGUAUGUGAAGGUCUCAGCCAGUGGACAGUUUUGCCUGAUUGAUGAUGAAGGGAAGGAGCGCUGUAUCCCGGAGGGGGAGAAGGCCAGUCUGAAGCCUAUGCACCCCACCUCAGUGGAGGGUGUGGAUGACAUGAUCCGACUGGGGGACCUCAGCGAAGCCGGUUUACUCAGAAACCUGCUGGUGCGCCACAAACAGGGCAGUAUAUAUACCUAUGUUGGCUCUGUCCUGGUGGCCAUGAAUCCCUAUCAGAUGCUGCCCAUCUACACGGCGGAGCAGGUGGACCUGUAUCACAGGCGUAAGCUGGGCGAGCUCCCACCGCACAUCUUUGCCAUCGCUGACAGCUGUUACUACAACAUGCGCCGCAAGAAUCGCAACCAGUGCUGCAUUAUCAGUGGAGAAUCUGGUGCAGGAAAGACAGAAAGCACUAAACUGAUUCUUCAGUUCCUGGCUGCUGUGAGCGGGCAGCACUCCUGGGUAGAGCAGCAGAUCAUCCAGGCCAACCCUGUCCUGGAGGCCUUUGGGAACGCCAAAACCAUUCGGAAUGAUAACUCCAGCCGCUUUGGGAAAUACGUGGAGAUCUUCUUCAAUAAAGAAGGUGCUAUAGAGGGAGCUCACAUGGAGCAGUACCUGCUGGAGAAGUCUCGUGUCUGUCAUCAGGCACCUCAGGAAAGGAACUACCACAUUUUUUAUUGUAUGUUAUCUGGGAUGCCAAGUGACCAUAAGAAGACUCUCUCUCUUGGUGAUGCAUCACAGUUCAAGUACCUGAGCGAGGGUAAUUGUUUGACUUGUGAUGGUCGGGACGAUACUGAGGAGUUCGGACGGAUUCGUUCUGCUCUAAAGAUCCUCACUUUCUCAGACAGGGACUGCUGGGAAAUCUUCAAAUUACUCGCUGCCAUUCUCCACAUGGGCAAUAUUGACUUUCAGAGCACUAUCAUGAAUAACAUGGACAGCUCAGACGUGAUGUCAUCCAGUCAUUUCUCUGUCACUGCCAAGUUGCUGGAGGUGGAUGAUGCUGUUCUUGAGAAGAGUCUUACCCAUCGCUCCUUCAUGACAAACAGAGAGAUAGUCACGAAACCCCUCAGCUCAGAGAAGGCUAUACACACCAGAGAUGCUUUUGCCAAGGCCAUAUACGGAAGGCUGUUUGUUUGGAUGUUCACAAAAAUAAACAGCGCCAUUCACAAACCCCAGACUGAUAAGCCAACUUACACGCGCAAGUCCAUUGGUCUGCUUGACAUUUUUGGCUUUGAGAAUUUCCGUCAGAACAGUUUUGAGCAGCUGUGCAUUAAUUACGCCAAUGAGCACCUGCAGCAGUUCUUUGUGAGGCACAUCUUCAAGCUGGAGCAGGAUGAGUACAGUAAAGAAGGAAUCUCAUGGAAGCACAUUGCUUUCAAUGACAACCAGAAAAUCCUGGACCUACUGGCCGUUAAACCUCUCAACAUACUGGCUCUGAUUGAUGAGGAGAGCACCUUUCCUAAGGGAACAGAUGCCACAAUGUUAAACAAAAUGAACAAAGAACAUAAUGGAAACAAACUCUACAUGUCAUCCAAAAGCAACCAUGGCAUGCAGUUUGGGGUUAAGCACUUUGCUGGGACAGUUUAUUAUGACUGUGAAGGAUUUUUGGAGAAGAACAGAGACUCCCUGAGCAUGGACAUCAUGGAGCUGUUUAAGAAAUCUUCCAACAAGAUGCUCAAACUGAUCUUUGAAAAGGACACAAAUACAAACUCAGUCAAGAACAAUAACAAUAUCAACCUCAUGAUGCCAAAGAACUCACUACAACAAGUAAUUGGCGAUUCGAGGCGGCAGAUAUCUACUCUGAGUGGCCAGUUCCGUCACUCCCUGGAUUCUCUGAUGAAGGCCCUGUCUCUCUGUCAGCCCUUUUUCAUACGUUGCUUCAAACCAAAUGACAAAAAGAUGCCCAUGGUACCAAUUCACAUAACUAUAAUUACAUAUUUUAUAUUGUGUAGCCAUCAGAACUAUAAUCAAAUCGUGCUUUCUCUUUUUCCUGCUUUUCAGGUUUUUAAUAGAGAGCUCUGCAUGCAGCAGCUUCGCUACUCUGGAAUGCUGGAAACCAUUAAAAUACGCAAGUUGGGAUAUCCCAUCCGGCACACCUUCAGAGACUUCCUGCAGCGCUACCGUGUGCUCCUGAAGACUGUGCACUGUGACCCAAACACUGAGCCUGCUGCAAACUGCUGUGCAGCCAUCUGCAGGGCUAUGAUCAGAGACGAAGAGGACUGGAAGAUCGGCAAAGCCAAAGUCUUUCUCAGGGAUCAUCAUGACUCCUUCCUAGAACUGGAGAGAGAGCAAGAGCUUUACAGAAAGGCACUUAUCAUCCAAAGAGUAAUGCUUGCCCAUAAGGACAGAGCAAAUUUUGUAAAGAAGAGGAGGGCUGCUCUGGUUUUGCAGAAAAACUGGCGUGGCCACAGAGACAGAAGAGACUUUUGCAAACUCAAGCAAGGAUUUGCUCGGCUGCAGGCAAAAGUGCGCAGUCGGCAGCUCCAUACAGAGUAUAUGCGCAGACGGGCUGCAGCCAUCACUCUGCAAACACAGACCCGUGGCUACCUCGCAAGGAAAGACCUCAAACACAAAAAAGAUGCAGUGAUACUGUUGCAGGCACAGACCAGAGGACUGCUGGCCAGGAAGACACUCAAGAAAAUGAAAACAGAUGCAUUUUUGACUGCACAAGAAAAAGAGGCUCAGGAACGUACAGCACUGGAGCUUCAGCAACGCCUAGAGGAGCUGCUCAGAAAAAACGAGGAAGCUGCCAAAUCCCAGGUUAAGGAUGAUGAGGAAAUGGUGGAGAAUAUCUUUGGCUUCCUUCCAAGUGCAAUAGUAGGACAAGAGGGCCCAGCUCCUGAGGGAUUUGAGGAUUUGGAGGCCGAGCCGGUGAAGUUAGAAGAGGUUGAAUUAGUAGAGAGCCCUGUAAGGGAAAGGAAAGUGAUGUUAUUACCAGACAGCAGUGAAGACAAUCAGGAUGAAGAGGAUGAGGAUGAGAAAGAAAAGGAAAAGCAAAUGCAGAAUGAGAAGAAAAAAGAGAAAGAAAUGGAGAUGGAAAAGGAGAAAGAAAUGGAGAGGGAAAAGGAGGAGAAGGAGAAAGAUAAGGAGAGCGAUGAGUUCUCUUUCUCUAAAUUUGCUUCUUUAUACUUCCAAGGAUCAUCUAGUCCCUCACAUAUCCAACAGAGACUACGACAACCCCUGCUCUACCAUGAAGAUGAAGGGGAUGCCCUGGCUUGUUUGACAGUAUGGUGGAUCAUACUGAGAUUUAUGGGAGAUCUUCCAGAGCCGAAGCAAGAACGUGCUUCUGCUAUAGCUGACCCCAUACAGAUGAACCUUGGUCAGAGACAAGCACGGCGACUCAGUAACCUUGUUGGAUUAGAUCAGAAAUUUUUGAGGAAAAAAAUGAAGCAACAGAAGGGGACAGGGAAGAGAAAACACUCAGCCAUUCCUGAAGAAGAGCCAGAAGAAGAGCCACAACCUAAAAUGCAGACUGUUCAGGAGGAAGAGGAUGUACUGUUUGGAGAGAGAGCAACUUAUGAUCGUCCAAUGACACCACUGGAGAAAUUGCAUAUUAUUGUCGGAUAUGCUAUUGUAAGACAAGAUAUAAGAGAUGAAAUCUACUGUCAGAUCCUUAAGCAGUUAACAGCUAAUAAGAACCCCAAAAGUACAAACAGAGGCUGGAUUCUUUUGUCCAUCUGUCUGGGUAUUUUCCCCCCUACAGAUCGCCUCACUAAGUACCUGCAGAGCUUCAUUCACUAUGGGCCAAGUGAGUACUCCUCCUACUGUUCAGAGCGACUGCGGAGGACUUUAGCCAAUGGAGAAAGAAGUGAGCCACCAUGCUGGGUUGAACUACAGGUAGGCAAUCCCUCUAAAAAGAUAAAGAAUACUCCCUUUAUUCUAAAAAUGACAAGCCCUUCUUUCCUGCAAUCUGUGGAGAACAAGAAGCCCAUUACAGUAGCUGUGAGUCUGAUGGACGGCAGAAGCAUCACCCUCACUUUGGAUUCAGCCAGAACUUCUGCAGAGAUGUGCAAUUCGAUUAUCCAGAAAAUAAACCUGCAGGACUCUUACGGCUUCUCCCUGUAUGUUGCAAUGUAUGAGAAGAUUUGGUCUCUUGGCAGCGGCGGUCAGCACGUCUUGGACACCGUGUCUAUUUGUGAGCAGGAUGAAAAGAGACAGGGGAGAGAGGAACAACAUGCUCCUUGGCGUCUCUACUUCCGCAAAGAGAUCUUCACUCCAUGGCACGACUGUUCAUCUGACCAAGUCAGCACAGAGCUCAUCUAUAGGCAGAUCAUCCACGGACUCAAAAGUGGUGAUUAUCAGUCUGAUAAGGAGGAUGAUUAUGUGCAGCUCGCGGCCAAACAUUAUUAUGUACAACAUGGCUCUGAAAGCAGUAUGGAAACCACAGAGAAGAUUGUUCGUGAGUGCGUGAGCAUGACUUUAAUUGAGAACAAGUCUAUGGUCAAGCUAAUGCAGAUGAUUCAUUCUGCACACACACAGGGUCCUUACAUAAACUCUUCUAAACCUGCCUAUGAAGUGAAAGCGGAGACUGUUGAAUAUGCACGGGAGAAGUGGCCAAUCUAUUUCUCCAAGUUUUAUGAGGCUCAAAUUGUUUCAGGUCCCUCAGUGCCUCAAGACCAGUUUGUAGUUGUUGUGAACUGGAAGGGGGUCUUCUUUCAGGAUGUGACAGAAGCCGCAUUUCUACAGCUCUCUUAUCCUGAGGUGUCAAGUAUUGAGAUGAGUGAGGAAAAGUCUAGUGGGAUUGUGUGUUUGAUGACUCCAAAGGGGAUGUAUGAGCUGAAGGCUGUGAAGGGAAGAGAAUUAGUGGAGCUGGUUAACAUGUUCAUCUCAGGGCUUAAGAAGAGAUCAGUGUACGCUGUGGCAAUACAGGACCUUAUCAGACAAGAGGAUCCCACAUUGCUUAACUACAGAAGGGGUGAUGUACUGUUUAUGAUAAAGGAUGGGGAGUAUUCUUCUGAAGAAGGCUGGAUCAAAGCAAGGAAUGAGAGGACAAAUCAAACCGGAGCAGUUUCCUUAGAUGCCAUUCGGAUUUUGCCGAUGUUGACCCGGCCUACAGAAGAAACACUGAAUUUGCUGAAUUUGACCCCAGCGCGAAGAAAGUCAGUGAUGCCGGUGUUGCCGCAGAAGGAGGAGCUCAGCACAGAGAAAGUUGCCGUUGUGACGCUCAAGGAGUUCUCCUUUGAUUAUUUCAGGGACUCAAAAGAAGGCGGCCGUGGCAAAGGAGGGGCCAAAGAGAAACUGUGGGCCAACAGCAAAGAGCCUCUAAAACAGCCGCUGCUCAGGAGCCUGCAGGGCAACUCAGAGCUCUGCCACCUCGCUUGUGACUGCUUCACAGCUAUCCUUAAAUAUAUGGGAGAUUAUCCAGUCAAGCAUGUGCGGACACCCAUAGAUUUAACAAACCAGAUCUUUGGGCCAGCAACAGCACACGUGGAACUAAGAGAUGAGAUCUACUGCCAAAUAAUGAAGCAGAUGUCUAAUAACAGCCAUGGGUUGAGUAUGGAGCGAGGUUGGCAGCUGUUGUGGCUGUGUUGUGGUCUCUUUCCACCAAGUCAGUUGCUACUGAGAUUUGCUCAACGUUUUCUGGAGUCCAGACCCAGAGAGCCUCUGGCCUCCAACUGCCUGCAGAGGAUGCAAGCUAUGCUCAGUAUCGAGGGAAGGAAGUUGCCUCCUCACCAGGUGGAAGUAGACGCCAUUCAAAAUAACAGCACUCAGAUCUUCCAUAAAGUUCACUUUCCUAACGAUACAUCUGAAUUAUUUGAGGUGACUUCCACCACGAGGAUAAAAGACUUAUGCCGCAACAUUGCCAAAGACCUCCAGCUCUCCUCAUCAGAUGGAUACAGUCUGUUUGUUAAAACAUCCACGAAGGUAGUAGGUAUGGAUUCUAAAGAGUACUUUUUUGACAACCUCAGGCAACUCACAGAUGUCAUCAAGAAAGGAAAAAAAGUCAAGGAGGCUGCUCCAACUAUUGCCCCUUACCUGGUGCUCUUCAUGAGGAAGCUCUGGUUUAAUGUGAUCCCAGGAAAAGACCUAACUGCUGACCUAAACUUCCACUUUCCCCAGGAAUUGCCGAAAUAUUUGCGGGGUUACCACAGUGUAUCUAAAGAGGACAUGAUCAGUCUGGCAGGACUGCUGCUCCGUAUUCAGGUUGAUACGGAUAAAUCACAGUUUGUCAUGAUCCCUAGAAUGCUGAAAGAUCUGGUACCAGCUGAUCAACAGAAGCUCAUGACAGCUGAUGACUGGAAAAAGCACAUUAUCAAUGCAUACAACAAGCAGGCAGGAAUAACUGUAGAUGAAGCCAAACUCCAGUUCCUGAAGAUGAUCUCACAGUGGCCUACCUUCGGAUGUGUUUUCUUCGAAGUAAAGCAAACCUCAGAGAAGAGUUACCCCAGUGUUAUUACGCUAUCAGUCAGCAAGCAAGGAGUUAGUAUCAUCAACCCUAAGACAAAGGAGGUGCUUGCAAUGCAUCUGUUCAGUAAGAUCACUUCCUGGUCUAGUGGCAACACUUAUUUUCACUUGACCAUCGGCAGCCUAGUGCAGGGCAACACUCUGCUCUGUGAGACGUCUAUGGGUUAUAGAAUAAGUGAUCUCCUGUCCUCUUACAAGGACAUGUAUCUGAAUGAGAUUCCAAAAGUGCGGAAAUCAAGGAGGAUCAACAUUUAGUUGGAUUGUUUGUGGCAUUUCUUUUUUUUUAGAUGUUUACCAUAAUAAUUAUACUAUGAAUUUGUUAAUGUAAUUUUAAAGUAAAAAAAAAAAAAGUUUAAUAAUUACUGUCAGAAAUCUGUUUUAAGAUCAUCACUUUUAUUAUGUAACAGUAACUAGUAUAGAUCUGUCAGUGAAAUCAUGUUUUUGCUUGUUGCUUCUUCUAUGUGCAUCCAUAUUUUACAAAAAAAAAAAAUAAUUAUAGGCUUGCAUAUUUAUUUUUAUUUCAAUAGCCCGCAUCUCUUUGACUUUGCAUUGCAAUGUUACACUAGAUGGCAGUAUUAUUACAGUUUAAUUCUAAUCUAUCUCAUGCUGCUUUGAUGGAACCAUUUUAAACAAUAAAAUGUAAAAAUCAA